CAUGGCGGGGCGCAGUCGAGGCUGCCCUGCCACGUGGGGCUGAUGCAAUGCGAUAGGGGGGUGACUCGCUUUCCGGUUGUCGCGUAGGGUUUUCGGGGUUUUUGAAGGGAGUGGGCGUGGUUCGUGGGUGAGGUGUGUCGCUUUUCGCCAUGCCGACGGUGUCGGUCGACAGAGAUGCGUUGUUGGGGUCGCUGGGAAAAGAAUUCAGUGAGCAGAAAUUCGAUGAGCUCUGCUUCAGUUUUGGCCUGGAAAUCGAUGAUGUGGUUGUGGAGAACGAAGGGGGCAAGGAAGUCGUGCAGUACAAGGUCGAGGUGGCUGCCAACAGAUACGACCUCCUGUGUUUUGAAGGCAUCAGGAGAGCUCUUCUUAUUUACCUUGGCAAACUAGAUAUCCCACGUUACACAUCGCUGAAGCCGUCAGAGACCCUCCGACUUAUUGUGAAGCCCACGAUCAAGGAGGUUAGACCUUUUGCUGUUGCUGCUGUGCUGCGUGGAAUCAGGUUCACCAAGCCCAUCUAUGAUAGCUUCAUCGACCUUCAAGACAAGCUGCAUCACAACAUCGGUCGGAAGCGAAGCUUGGUGGCCAUUGGCACUCAUGAUCUGGAUACCAUUCAGGGACCAUUCAUUUAUGAAGGAAGGAAACCGCAGGAUAUCAAGUUUCGACCGUUGAAUCAAACCAAAGAAUUCACUGCCGUGGAAUUGAUGGAGUUAUAUUCAACUGACAGCCACCUGAAGCCGUAUCUCCCCAUCAUCCGGGACAAGCUCGUGUAUCCGCUGAUCACCGAUCGAAAUGGUGUUGUUCUUUCCAUGCCCCCUAUCAUUAAUGGGGAGCAUAGCAAGAUCAGCCUCAACACAAAGAACAUUUUCAUCGAGUCCACUGCCACCAGUCUACACAGAGCCAAGAUCGUACUCGAUACGAUCGUGACCAUGUUCAGCGAGCAUUGCCAGCAGAUCGAAGCUGUGGAAGUGGAGUACGAUCAGGGAGAGGUGGUCCUUUAUCCUGAACUCAAGUAUUGGACUAUGGAGGUUUCAGUUAAAGAUGCUUGUCGAGAUAUUGGUAUCAGCAUAUCAAGGGAGGAGAUGAGAACCCUGCUGCAGCGAAUGUGUAUCCCAUCGACAAUCUCAUCUGAUCCUGACAAGAUCAUGGUGGAGAUCCCACCCACAAGACAUGACAUCCUGCAUGCUCAGGAUGUCUAUGAGGAUGUGGCAAUUGCUUAUGGGUACAAUAAUGUAAAACCAACCUUCCCGUCUGCAUCCACCAUCGGCCAGCAGUUCCCCCUCAACAAGCUGUCGGAUCAGUUACGACAUCACGUCGCGCAGGCAGGCUUCACCGAGGCUGCAACGUUUGUUCUGUGUUCACGCGAUGACAUGGGAGAGAAGCUGCGCAAGACCGACAAGGAGCCGAAUCUCGUCCACGUCUCCAAUCCGAAGACCCUGGAAUUCCAGGUGUGCCGAAAUUUGCUUCUACCGGGUUUGCUGAAGACCUUGGCUGCCAACAAGAAGAUGCCUCUUCCUCUCCAACUGUUUGAAGUGGCAGACAUUGUUGUCAAGGAGCCCAAACAAGAUGUCGGAGCUCGCAAUGAACGUCACCUGUGUGCCGUAAAUUAUAACAAGACCCCGGGAUUCGAAGUGAUUCACGGGUUGCUCGAUCGAGUGAUGCAGCUGCUGGAAAUUCCCUGGGAAGGACACGGACUCCCCUCUGGCUCUGGGUAUCACAUUCGAGGCGCCGAACAUGCGAGUUUUCUACCCGGUCGGUGCGCCGAGAUCGUGGCCCGAGGGAAGGUGGUGGGACAUCUGGGGGUCCUACAUCCAGAUGUCAUUCUUGCAUUUGAACUCCAUCUUCCAUGUGCUGCCUUGGAAAUAAAUAUCGAGCCCUUCCUCUGACCCCACCCAGUGAUAUCUUAUGGUGUUUCUUACUAUUGGGGGUUUUUUGAACUAUAAGAUACGAGAGGAAUCUUGGCCUGACCUUUGGAAAUAAAGAGUGAAGAAAAAGUAGCACUGACAGAAGAA